CCGUAACAGGAAGUCAGCGUACUAGCGUUGAAAGUGAGCGCACCGUCAAAACAAAGUAGCACACAGCACCACAGGCGGGGUUCUCGGAAUCACAAUGGACGGUGUACAGACUCCCCUGCGGUGUUUUGGGGAAGGUCACCCCGCCGAGAUGUACUCGGAUGACGGGGUGGAAAGUGUGACUUCACGGGAGCAGAAAAAGGUUGAACGCAGCAUUGAAGAUGUCAUCGAUGUUUACAAACAAAUCCACAGCAUACCAAAGCCGACGUUGCUGAGGGAUCAACACUACCAGUAUCUCAAGAAGGGCUUACGGCAUUUAUCAGACUCUUAUGAGUGUCUGGAUGCCAGCAGACCAUGGCUGUGCUUCUGGAUUCUUCACAGUCUGGAGUUACUGGACGAGCCUGUACCCGCCAACGUGGCCUCGGACGUGUGUCAGUUCCUGUCUCACUGUCAGAGCCCGACGGGAGGCUUCGGCGGCGGCCCGGCUCAGCUCGCCCACCUGGCGCCCACUUACGCUGCCGUCAACGCCCUCUGCAUCAUCGGCACAGAGGAAGCUUACGACAUCAUAGACCGGGAGAAGUUGUUAGAUUUCCUAUGGUCAGUGAAGCAGCCAGAUGGCUCCUUUUUGAUGCACGUGGGAGGGGAAGUGGACGUCAGGAGUGCGUACUGUGCAGCAUCCGUAGCAUCGCUCACAAACAUCCUCACUCCCGCACUCUUUGAAGACACCACUAACUGGAUCCUCAGGUGUCAGAACUGGGAAGGCGGGCUCAGCGGGGUGCCAGGUCUGGAGGCCCACGGCGGGUAUACGUUCUGUGGCACCGCUGCUCUAGUCAUCCUGGGAAAAGAGCACAUGCUGGAUCUCAAAGCCUUACUGAGGUGGGUGGUGAGCAGACAAAUGCGUUUCGAAGGAGGCUUCCAGGGUCGCUGCAACAAACUGGUGGACGGCUGCUACUCCUACUGGCAGGCGGGACUCCUGCCGCUCCUCCAUAGAGCUCUGUUCAAAGAAGGGGAGACGGAGUUGAGUCGACACAGGUGGAUGUUUGAGCAGCAAGCCUUGCAGGAGUACAUCCUCCUCUGCUGCCAGAACCCAACAGGGGGCUUGCUAGAUAAGCCUGGCAAAUCGAGAGACUUUUACCACACAUGCUACUGCCUGAGCGGCCUCUCUGUAGCGCAGCAUUUUGGGAACAUGGACAGCCAUCAUGAGAUGGUCCUGGGCAAGGAGCAGAACAAAUUGGCUCCUACGCAUCCCGUCUACAACAUCUGCCCAGAGAAGGUGGCUCAGGCCUUGCAGCACUUCCACCGGCUGCCCGCCCCGACACGGACCUCCAGCGACGACAGACCGUCGGGUUCCUCAGAAGACUCCUAGGUCCUUGUCAGUCCUCGGUGCGGACGUCCAGGCAGCGAAUGGCGGUCAAGUCGCGGUUGGCCACACUGGAAUAGGAAAGUUUCAGUAUGAUUGAGGAAAUAAAUCUUUUGAAUACUGCGGAGGAUCUUUACUUACUUGUAAGCGGAGAUCUGUGCAAGUCCUCACACAACCCAAGAAGUGCAAGAAGCGUGUUAAAGGAUAAAAUAGUUUAUUUUAUAGUCUCAUAAUAAAGGUAGGCCUCAACUUGCAAGACAAUUGUUGGCAGUAUGUACAACAUACUUGUAAUUUCCAUGGAAUGGAAUCGAACAAAACAAAGACCCGGUAUACCAAUUCUAAUCCUGAAUGGAAACAAAAUACACACACUAAACUGCUUCCUUGUUCCCCCUCUGGGGGAUUCAGCGACAUUUUGGACUUUGUAAAGCACGACACAUCGACAAGAGGGGCGCGGAUUGGCUACUUUGGAACAUUCCCGUUGAAGUGACGCCGUUUCGUAACUUGUGAGAUGACGACUACAAAAUGCAGAACAUACAUUAGAGCUUGAAAACAUCCAAUCAAUACUCUCUUCCUUUUUGUUGUUGUUGUUUGUUUUCUUUCAAGGGGUCUAUAAAACAAGCUGCCUAAUGUAUUCAACCUUCUAAAGUCAUUCACUACUUCAAGCUAAAGGACAAAAUACGUUACAAGUUCAGGAAUAUUUUCAUUCAAAACAUCCAUUUUUUUAAUGUCUUAAUAAAUGUGUCACAGCAGAAAACAUCUGCGAUCCAGUGAGCCUGAGGUGGGCGGGUGUCGCUGACAUUCUUUUGUGGAAAAGCUAGAAAUUUUUAGCAUUUUAAAAACUUGUCCCAGGAUUUGUUUAUGUUCUA